UAUAUAGGCCUAUAUAUAUGUAUAUAUAUAUUUACUGUAUAUAUAUAACAAUAUAUUAGCAACAAUGUUUAAUAAUAGGCAUAAUAAUAGCAAUAUGGUAAAUGAUUAAAAUGUGGCUCUCUCAAAUAAAACACCAAUGCCAAAACGGAAAUAAUGUUAUAUCAAAUCGAAUCUUAUUGUUUAUUUUAUUUUAUUCAAAUGUAUUUGGACGAGGUUUUUCAUAAACAUGCGUUCCGAAAAAUGGUAACUGAACUGGUUUAAACAUUUUGUUCAUUUGCAUCGAUAAUUUGAUGUGGAUCCACGUGUGUCUCAUAUUUACAAAUGCAGACGCAAACACAACUAACUUUGAAAAUUUUAACUAGAGAUAUGAACAUGGAUUAUUUUGUAAUUUUUAUCUUAAUUUUGGUAACUCAUGUAAGCUUCGUCAACACAAUUGAGCCCCAAUUGUUUAACAAUGAACAUACUCGGCCACCUAGACGUGCAUACACUGUUAGUAUAAUUUGUAUAGAUACUCUUAAUUAAUUAUAUAAUUACUACUCGAAAGUGUUCUAUUUUCAUUUCAAGUUGAAGGAACCGUAAGUGCUAUCACUGAGUGUGCCUUGGAUGAAAUUCUUAGCAGCGUCAACACCACGUGUAUGGUAGGAAAUAAACAGUUUUCAUUAGAUGCAGUUAAUGAUUUUAUUUUAAAGUCAAACUAAAUUAAUGAAAACAACAUUUAAAACAUAAAUAAAAGCUAGUAUCAGGUGAAUAAAACUUCUAAUUAAAGAAUUGUCAAACUAACUAAUGUAGAUCUUCACCAACCAUUCUAUACCUUGCAUUUGCGCUAACAUGUAGUACUCGAGGUAUCUUUUCUCCCUACUACAAAACAAUCGUAGUAGCCAAUAUGUAAUACAACUUGCGACAAAUAUGCAAUGAUUUAUGCAGAGGAGUUUUAAUAGUUAAAAUUAAUAGUUAUUUGUGGUUUUAUUAAAAUGUUGACUAAACUGUUUUUACUUUCUCUUGUAUCAUUGGUCGGCAAUAUAUUCAUAUAUUUUUUGGAAAACUACAGAUUAAUAAUAAAUAUAGCUAAUUUCAAUGCGGUUCAAUUGAGGUACUUUUAUCAACACAAAGAAUUGCAUUCCGGCCAAAUGUGAAUAACAUAAUUGAAAAGAAUAUUUGUGUGAGCACUGACAAUUACGAUUAUGCACUAGUAUUUUUUCUUGAUUGAAUUAAGCUUUAAUAUGGAAUUAGAAACUUAAACAACCUUUACUAAAAUAGUUUCAAAUAUUAGAAAGACCUAUUGAUUUGGUUGUUUUUCUUUUUUUAGAAUUCCGAAAAUAUACUUUUAAAAAUUGACUAUCUGGAUCAACUACUACUUGGCAAAUUUCACUCUUCUAAUAUGUCGACUUACGAAAAUUCAUCAGAUCAACUCUCUUUUAUUGUUUUUCAACUGCAUCCGAACACCAGCAGAAGAGAGUUAAAGAUUACUUUGAAUGACGAAAUUAUCGUCUUCUCUAUAAAGUUACCUUUACAUGCAGAUACAACGUCAGUUGUCGCUAUCUUCAUUAGUUACGAGGCUGAGCAAUCAAUAAGUCAACGUAGUAUUACAUUUAAUCCAGAUAGUAGCAAUGGUGAGACACAAUCUGGUGUGUACUACAAAGGUAGUGGUAUUCUAUCAAUAACGGCCUAUUCAGACGAGGGCAUGAAAGUUGGAGCAUCGGUGGAAUUCUCUCUGCCAACCUACCCUGAAAAAAUUCCCGAAGAUGCAUUGAAUGAUCAUAACAUAACCAAAUCCAUGUGUGCGUUCCUGACAGCCGACAUAAGGAGUUGGUCGUCAAAGGGAUGCAAUGUACAGAAGGUUACUGACAGGAAUGUGACUUGUGUAUGCACUCAUUUGACAAGUUUCAUGGUGAUAUUUGAGGUCUCUACUUUACCCGUAAGUGUCUGA